GUGUACAGUUUGCAGGCUGUAUAAAAAGUUAUGGAGCAGACGACAACUUUGGCGUGACGUAUGACUUUGCAGAUCAAAUUGCCGUAUCUACAUGUACGGCUCUUCUGUCAAUGGAAAGUCAUGUUUAUGCAGUCAGACGAAAUUGCUCGAAACUUGCAGCAUCGUGCGAAGAUACAUGCAAGCUCGUCGGGAAAAAGUGUUUCAAUGCAUUGCAUGUAUAUCGAGGCGCACCCGUUUUGCCAAGGGACACGAAUGGGGCACUAGGACUUUACAUGUACAAAUACAACUUCUGUUCCGGGAACUUUUGUGGACCAAAUUUUUGCUGCUGUCAAAAUUAAUUUGAACCCUAGAUGAAAUAAAGUUUCAUUUUAAAAGGAAAGGCUUGCUUAGUUGUGCCAUCAUCCCAACCCUUUAAUUUAUUUCUUUUGUUUCAAUUUAUUAUCACAAUUUUUUUGAAUUACGGUAUUUGUAUAUCAUAUAUAUAAAGGGUUUAUUUAGUUUUUUUGUAAAAACUAAUAUUUUUUGUCAAAAACGAUUUGAAAUCUAUUCUCUAUUGUAUAAAACUAAUAAAGAAAAUAAUCAAUCGUAAAAACACUAACAUUGGCUCUCCCACAUGGAGAUAUAUCUAUCAUACUGAAGGGAAACAAGUUGCACAUUUCAUUGCAGAGAGAGUCAUUAGUUUUGGCAGUUGCUCAUUUCAUUUAUAUAGCAGCUUCAUAGACAAGUAAAUGCACUAAAAGACUUCGUUACGUGGUACCAAUUAAUAAGCAUGUAUCAACUAUAUGUUACACCUAAAAUAUCUAUGAUCACUAUCUGUAGAUCAGCACGUGGUAAGGUUAAUGAUAUGCAUGGGCUAUUUUUAGAUUACCUCACCAAGACGUUUAAACUCUACGUUAGAAUUGCGUUUAAAUAAAAGACUCAGUAGAUCUAAAUAUAACUCGAUCAUGCACUAAUAUUCUGUGUGAUUGACCGCCCUUUGGAGACGGAAUACUACUACAGUAACCAUUCUCUAUUGUAUAAAACUAAUAAAGACAAAAACCAAUUAUAAAAGAAACUAACUUUUGCGUCUUGAAAAAGAAUUGAAACGGAACAAUUUCGUUUAUAAUUUAUUUCUUCCUUCUACCGAUAAAUCAAGUAAAAAUAGAAAUCCUAUUUAUAUAAACAAACUGGGAUUACCGAAGUAACUAAAAUAGCUUAGAUUUCCGUAAUAUUACUUUGUCUGAUUCCGCAGUAUGACGGAAUCGCCCGAAUUCUCACGAUUGCAAUCGGAACUGCCUCGGCUAUUAUUAUUAAUCCGAAGAGUGACGGAAAGGGCCGAAAAGUUGCGAUUGACACAAUGAUAGAUUGGUUUCCCGUUCAAUCAUGCACUAACAAAUGUAAGCAGGAAACCACCUGACCGGAACAACUUUUCCAAAACAAAUGGCUUGCAGCCGUGGCUGCAAGCCAAAAAGACUUAAUAAUUUAUCAUAACGGUAUAUAUAGAACAUUAUAGAAUUGUUAAUGUUGUUCAAUAAUAUAUUGUUCCCAGAAUGCUUAGUGUUAAAUUACAAUAAUUUGGACACCGCUAUUGCAAAAUGCUGUAGAAAACUUUAGUUGCUUGCACGAUACACAAGUUCCUUAACUGUUAUAUAUUAUAUAACUGUCCAAUUGACAUUACGCCAGAGAAGAGAUUGCUCCGCCCACUGAUUCACGUGACCCGGUCAUUCAGCACCUUAGACAAAACAUGGUACCGACGUUUACAGGAAACUAUUAUGACACUAAAGUUACUAAUGAAUUUUCCUUAUAUAAAAGGAAUAUAUAAAUUUUAAUGCUUUUCUUGGAUACUUCAAUGUAUUAUUGUAUUUAUAGAAGUAACAAACAACUGCAUUCAUGCAUUAAUUAUGAAUAAAACGUUUGGCAAAGAUCUUGUUAUAUUUCUCGUUGAUAUCAAGGAAGAUGUUUCUGACAAAAUAUCAUUUUAGUUGAUAGUUAAAAUUGAAGUAGCGGAACAUAUAAAUCGUAAAAUUAUAUCAAUAACACAAUAACAUUUACAGAUGUUUAUAGGGUUUUAUGUGCGAAAUCACUUACAUAUAAUGCAUUUGUGCAUAAAUUGUUAAAAUUGAAUGAGAAAAUUGCCCUUACGUAAGUUUGUAGUAUGAUAUAUGAUUACAAUGUAUAUGUAUAUUUGUACAUUAGAUAAUUUAUGUUUCGUGAUAAAACGCAAUAUUAUUCACUUUAAAAUAAGUUGCGCAUACACCAGACGGUGAGAUAAAAAUCGUGAUCAGGUAUGAUGUUAUUGAAGCAGAUGUUUCUAAAUAUUUAAUCUUAAAUCAUUGAGCUUUCAUAGAAAUAUUUAGAUAGGAUAAUUUCACAUAAAAUAUUCGUUGCAUAUUCUCUCAUUUUAUUUGCAAGUACUUUUUUCUACUGCAGCAUUUUAUUGACACUAUGUUAAGAACGAACAAAAAUGUCAUAUCAUCUGGAUAUUCUGCGACUUUAUAAUAUAUUUUAUGAACAGCCACGCGAGGAAUAACAAACUAUCAAAUUGUGUUUAAUGGCCAUACCGUACUAUAAGGCAUGGCCUCUAUUUAUUGUUUUAACCAACAAUACUUAAACAUGUGCAAAGAAUAGUACAUACAUCAAUAUUAUGCAAAUCAAUACAAUAUAGAAAAUACACAUGUAGGAAUAAUAAUUAAUCGAAUUCUACUAUAAUAGUAAGAAAUGUGAGGGUUUCGUAAGAAAAACGCAUUAUAUUAUGUGUGACUAUUAUGAAUAGACAUAAUUGUAAUAAAGGAAGGAAUACGAGUAGAGUAUUUGUUUAAACUUCUUCCUUGUUUAAUGCAUUGUGGUAAAGCCAGGCUUCAUAACCUCCGACGCAGACUAUCCUUCGGACACAUGGACCCAUGUAUACACAGAUGGGUCAGCCACUAGAGCCGUAAAGGAUGGAGGCGGUGGUAUUCACAUAACGUACCCGUCAGGCCAGAAAACAGCCCAUUACAUCGCCACUGGGAAGCACUGCAGCAAUUACAGAGCAGAGACUGAGGCACUCAUGAAGGCAGUUUUUUUGAUAGAAAACUCGCCAGAAGAGAUCACCUCUGUAGUCUUCCUCACAGAUGCAAGAUCAGUUCUGGAGGCCCUACAAAAGAACAAUGUUCCUGAACUAGCGCAAGCCGUGAACAAGCUUGGGUCGUCCUGUAAUGUUGCACUUCAGUGGAUACCAUCUCACUGUGGAGUGCCCGGAAAUGAGGAGGCUGACAAGCUGGCUAGGUUAGGAGCCCAGUUGGAGCAACCAGAUAACCAGGUGACAUACAAGGAGAAAGCCACCAUCAUCAAGGCUCUCACCAAGACAAGACAGGAAGCGGAUGCCUACCACAUGCUAAACCGACCAGAACAAGUGGUGAUGGUCAGGCUUCGCUCGGGACACAACAGACUGAAUGCACACAUGUGCAGGAAGUACAAACUGGUGCCGUCCCCCAUAUGUCCCUGUGGAGAAGAGGACCAGACUACAGAGCAUAUCCUCCAAAGAUGCAAAAGACACGACCAGGAGCGAGGAGCAACGUGGUCCCGAGGUGCAACACUCCAGCAGAAGCUGUACGGAGACGUUGAGGACCUGCGGCGGACCACAACCUUCAUCGCGGAUACUGGCGUGAUCGUGUAGAGCGAACGCCAGUAAGUAAGUAUAACCUCUGAUCCCCAUUCAAAAUUCCUUUUUAUUUAGUUCCGCCCAUUGUUUUCCGUUAAGGGCAAACGCAUUUUUUUUAUUUGGGGACCAUAUGCCGCUUUUCAUGGAAUGGCACUAUAACGUGUCGCAUUAAAGGUUCCACGAAAACCGCCAUAUGAACACGUCUGCGGAUGUUUAAAAAUUCCAAAUUUUAUCAGAUCAUGUUAGAUGUUGAAUACUGCUUAAGCCGGUGCUAUGGGGCGUGGACGGUUAUACUCGCACAUUCCAUUACCGUCCAUGAACAGACUCAAUCAAACCGAGCCUGCAACAUUUUCAAUUUUGUCGUUUUGUACGUUCUUUAGGAAUUCUUUAUUUCUCUCUAUUUUAACUUUCGUCAGAGAUGUAUAGAUAACAUCUAGAUAAUAUAUGUUAUGUCUCUGCUUUUGUACCUGCUAUAUAACUUAUUAUCUUCAGAUAUACAAAGUUACUUAUUUAUAAUAGCUUUAAAUUGACAAAAAAAAUCAAAAUAAUUUCAAUAUAAAUACUGCUGCACCAUUGUCUUAUACAAAUAUAGCUUGUCUAACGAAAAUGGCGGAUUUUGCAGACA